AUGUUAUUACGGCAACGCGCAAGCAAGCACCUCCGUACCCAUAUAUACAGCAAGGGCAAGGGCAAGGGCAAAGGACAGAGCAAAGCUAAACCCAUGCAACUGAAGUCCAAACAAAAUAUAAAAUUCAAAGCUAUAUCUAAGAUAUACAAGCAGCUACGCGUGCGGAUGGGAGCGGCGGCAGGCGGAAAGCUCGACUCCAUGGACAUUGAUGACCCCAUGGACAUUGAUGACACCAUGGACAUUGAUACCCCACUACCAGCCCCGGAUGCUAUGAUGUCGAUGGCGAAUGUAUUAGCGCCCGCCACGAUGGCUCCUCCACCCCGCGACGUGACGGUCAUGUCGAUGGCCCAUGUGUUGGCGCCCGCCACGAUGGCUCCUUCACCCUGCGACGUGACGGUCAUGUCGAUGGCGAAUGUAUUAGCGCCCGCCACGACGGCUCCUCCACCCUGCGACGUGACGGUCAUGUCGAUGGCGAAUGUAUUAGCGCCCGCCACGACGGCUCCUCCACCCUUCCAGCCGGUAGUGCCCGUUGAUGUUCCUGUUUUUGUUCCCGCACAUGUACCUGUCCCCGAACACGCACCCACAGCCCCAUACCGAUGCCGCCGCCGCGGCCCUGCCCGACAGCACAAGCAAUCUCACCUCCCACAGGCGGCAUCCGCGCCCUAG